GAUUGUGACGCACCACUAGGAAUAGAAAGUGGAAAGAUUCCAAACUCAGCAAUGAAGGCUGCCACUGUGGUAUGUAUAAAUGUUUUGUAUAUUUUCUUUUUACUUGACAGCAUGGGUUGUUCCUCGAGCAAUAUCCCCUUCAAAUGCUUGCUGUGGUCCUUGUCAAUAUUUCCCCAAAAGACAUUAUGUCAAAGGUGGCUACAUCAUGAUAUCUUAAAUAUUCAUUUAUCCCACCGUGUUCAAUUUGAGGGUGACUAAAACAAACUAGUUGGAUGAGAUAGUAAAACAGAAAAAAAUGGCGAUACUGAGCCAAGAAGGACCAAGGUAAAGGAAACUGCUGCGAAGAUCCCAGAAGUAUUUUGGGGUCUAUGUCAGCAGCUAAACAAUUGCCCACUUACCCCUUCCCUAAUCCAUCUUUAACCCAAACUUUUCAGUAGUUGACUGUCAUUGGGUUAGGGGAAGGGUUAGUGUGCAGUUGCUUAGAUACUGUCAUUGAUCCGGAUUUUCACACAAAUGAGACAACAAUAGGCCAUUUUACAGUAAUGAACUUAGUUGCCAAGCCUUUGAUUUGGAGUGAGGCUGAAGGUGACCAUGUUGUGAUAGAGAUUAGUAUCUAGUUAGCAUGAUAACAAAGUAAUUUGCAUUUGAAAAGCAGCAACGUUCGUAUCAUAACAAGGUCAUCUGUAGCCUCACCCCUGUUCAAAGGCUUGGCAACCAAGAGCACAACUGUAAAAUGGACUACUACACCAUUAAUUACACUUAAAAGCCCAAGCAGAUACAAUCAGAAGGAGAAAUAAACGAAUAUAUGCAACUUUUUAAUGAAGAGGUUGUCGCAAAAGCGCACGCGACAACCCCGAAAGGCAAAGAGGCUAGUCUCAGGUCAUGGCUCCUCGACCUCAGGAUUUCAGGGAAAUCUGAGAAAACAUCACUGUAAGGAGGAGACAUGGCAGGUGUAAUCAAUUUAUUUCAUUCACAAGACUGACUUUUACUUCUAUACUCAGUUAUAAAAAGGAAAAAAGGAACGAACUUACCCUAAUGAAAAACGAAAACCAUGUAAACUCAACGAGUUUACAUCGUUUCUUUAACCUAAAGAGAAAAUCUUUAAAACAUAUUGUUCAAUUUUUUUGUUCCUCUCGUAUUCACGUGCAUGUUGGUGUUCAUCCCUUGUUCAUUCGGGAUUUUAUUUAUAUUUCUUUGUUAUAUUUACUUGUAAUAAUUCAUUGAUCACCGGAUGCCCGGAUCACUUUUCGAGAUUGUCGCGUGAACUUUGUCCUUUUACCGACAAUCUUUCUGCAAACAUCCGUAAUAUGCGCACCUGUAUUGCCUUGCACGGUGACAUUUCAGUCUCUAGGCAAUAAAAUUUGUCAAAGACGAAAUUCGUAAAGGACUGGGGCCGGACAUUGUAUUCCAGGAAAGUUCUCGGCCAGGUGUCGCUGACAAUUUUUACUAAGUCCUCCCUUUUAUACUCUGUUAGCGACGACUUACCCCUCCCCCCUUCCUCAUGAAAACCAUGUGAUUCCUCUAAAAUCCUCCACACCCCCCUCCUUCCUCCGGCGAUAGGGAUAAUGGCCAAAGGUGUGCGGGGUCAAACUAUCAGGAUUAAGUGCGUCUUCAUAUCUUGCAGAUAUUCAUCCUUACAUGAGUUACGAGAGAUCAUCUUUUCUUUUUCUUUAUGAAUUGAAAUUUCCAGUAUGGCGGAGCAGGUUGGGAGCCUUACAAGGGAAGACUCAAUCAUCAGACUACAUAUUUGGCCGGAAAUAACAAAAAGGGCCAGUGGCUCCAGGUGGAUUUCGGCAAAGUUGUCAAAGUGACGAAAAUUGCCACCCAAGGUCGCCAUAAUGCCAAUCAGUAUAUCACCAAGUAUGUAGUCUCCUCAAGCCUCGACGGUAGUCUUUUUCAGUUUCAAGAGCACAAGCCCUACACUGUCCCACGGGUAGGUUGUAAAAGUAUUCGAUAAAUUUGGCCCUAAAUGCGCUUCGAGGCUUGUUCUAUCAAAACAAUAGAAAAUAUGUUUAAAUUAAAAAAAUAGAAGAAAGACCAUCGACAGAGGUUACGCUUGACUGGAUUUUUGGACAUGCGCACAAUUAAGAUCUAAUCAUACCACCAAGUAGUGACAAAGAGGAGUGACAUUAGCGUCUUCGAAAAGCUCGCUUUUCCAAAUGUUAUUCCUCCUUACUAGGACGCAAGUCUGGCGUUAAAAUUUAUUCUUUCUGAAGAGCUUUCUUUUUAAAGCUCCUUUUUGUGGACGACUAGUCCAGAUCAGAGUAGACGGUAGGCCUAAGCGUAACUUUAUCCGGCUUAUUGUGAUUGUAAAGAGGGUAUUGUACGGGUUGGUACUCUACAAAAACAUCCAUCCAUUUUUGUUUUUAGAGGACAAUAAAUCAUUCUUUUUCUAACCUGCACCUAAAUGUAAAUCUAAAUGCUAUUUAAAUUAGACUGAUUUCUUUUAAUGACGAUGGGUGUUCAUCUCAGGAAUAUUACGGGAACAGCGAUUACCGAUCUGUAAAGGUGAACAUUUUGGAUGAACCAAUCAUUGCUCGUUAUGUUCGUAUCCACCCGACUGGUUAUUACGGUUACACCGCAAUGAGGAUUGAAAUGUAUGGCUGCGAGUCCGGUAGGCAUGGGUCCAAAUUUCCUUUUUUUCUCUUUUAGCUUGAAAGUAUUUUAAUGAAAUGGCUUUUUUCGAUCGAUUUUUAUUAUUGUAAACUCCGUCAGGGGACACUUUAGUACAGAGCCAAUCAGCGAGGAGGAUUAUUUACCACGUGGUACAAAUGAACCAAUCAUUGUUUUCUAUGUGUACAAUUGAUCACAUGGAAUAUAAAAUAUUUCUUUUACUAAUACCACUGCCAUUUAUGUUGUCACUGUUGUCAUCAUCAGUUUAACUUUUGAACCAGUCAAAAGCGUGUUACAAACGAAAGGAAAAGCGAUAACCCUUUUUUUUUUUUCAUUUGUAUACAACGACCGCUAUACUUCGAAUUCGGACUAGAGUAGAACAUCGAUUUAACGAACCCCAUAUAACAAAGUCCUCGGUAUGACGAACGAUACUUUUUAGCCCGGCCAAAGUUAUAUUAAAGUAUAUGGGACAGAACCUUAAUAUAACGAAAUCCUCGUUAUAACUAUUACAAUCCAGAAGCCCAAACGUAUGAUAUAUUCUGAUGUAACGAACAAAUGUCAACAAGAGACAAUUUUUUAAAAGAAUUUGUGAAAAAACCAAACUAGUGAGCAGCACUCUGCGAACAGUAGUCGUAAAACGUCUUUACUCUCCGACGCGUUUCGUCUAACUUAAAAGUUAAGUAAAACCGUGGUCCCCAAAUAUUUUUCUCACCUGGCUCAGAAAAUUUGGAAAUUUUUCACAACUUUGUCUGUCCUUGUUCGUAAGUCCGACCAAGCCACAGACAAAAAUAUAAGGGCCUUGCGAGCCGUUUAGAUUUAUUUACUCAUUUAGAUCUUCUUGUUGUUUAAGGUUUUGACAUUCCAAAACCUCCAGCGUGUAUGGAAGGUCUGGGUAUGGAAGAUGGCAAAAUCCCUGACUCGUCCAUCACCGCUUCCAGCGUUUACAACUCACACUAUCGUCCCAGCAAUGGUCGGCUGUACAAAUUUCCGUAUGGUUGGAUGACCUCCCAAAGAAAUACCCAACAAUGGUUUCAAGUAAAUUUUGGAGGCUGGACCCAGGUGACCAGAUUCUGCACCCAGGGAGAAGCGUCCGGGAGCUACUGGGUUACCAAGUACAGGCUUGCUUAUAGCUACGAUGGAGUGUUUUAUCGGGAUUAUGUAGAAGAUAAUCUUUCAAAGGUAUGGUUGUUGUUGUUGUUGUUUUUGUUGUUGUUUUUGUCGUUGUUUUUUUUUUUUGCAAAUAUAAUUCAAUACAAUGGUUACGAGGGAUUUCUGGUAAUUUUUUAUUUGUGAUAAGCUUUUGUCAGUUUUCUUGGACUUGCCCAUGCCGACGCUCAACAGCAUUCCAGCUAUAUUGAAGUAAUUGAUCAAAAGAAACAUCCCACUUAUUCAUUCAGUAGAAAUGAAUAAACAACAAAAAAUAAAUUUUCACUCGUUCAGGAAGCUCAGAGCCUUGUAAGCAGCGUAGUUGUUAUGGUUUUUCUGUUUUACCCAGCUUUCGUAACUAAUUAAUCUCCUUUGCCAAGUAUGUUUCGAGCACUCUUCAAUCGUGUAUCCCAAACAAUCUGGGUUUACAUCGGCCUUGCUUCAGAACACUUUGGGUAAAACCAAAACCGAAGUAAUCAAAACCACUGAUCAGAUGAAAGGAUCACAAGAGACAAUGAGAUCUCAAAUUGAAGAAAUUUAAGAAAAUGAACGACACUUUUUCCAAACAUGUUUCAACAGUUCUUCUGUCAUCUUCAGUUUUAAUUAUACAAAGUACAAAGUUGAAUUUAGUGUGUAACAAAAUGCUGAUUGGACAAAACAAAACAAUAAUAACAGAACAAGGUAUACAUUUAUAGGGAAAGUUUUAAAUUCACGUGAUAAAGUCGUCGAUUAAGUGUAGGUUUCUCUCAUUGAAUGUGGAAAAAAAUUGAAAACAUUUAAACUGUUUUAAAUGAGUUAAAAUGUGAGUGUGCAAACUGCAAUGGAUUCAAAUUUAAAGCUGCGAGACUGACGAGAGUUUUCUAGAGCAAAGCAAAGGAAAACCGAGGCAAUCCAUUACUACUUUCGACUCUCAAUUCAAAAUUGCUCCAUUUGGCUCUCACCAUCUUCGCACUCACCAUUUUCGCACUCACCAUUUUCGCCAUCCUUUCAACCCACCAGACGCCAAACCAAGAUCAAUCUCGACCUCGUCCUUGAGUUGCCAGUUCUCAUUACCUCCUUGUGGUAUAUUUCUCAUUCGUACCUUUCUAUGAACGCUAAGUAGUCCAGCUUUGAUUGAUAAACAGAGGCAAUUAUUAGAAUCCUUGCCGCUUGUUCUAUUUCAGGAAUUUGUGGGCAACACAAACAACUAUCUUCAAAUAUGCCACGAUCUGAAGAAUCCAAUUGUCACAAGAUACAUUCGCAUCAUCCCAUUAGCGUGGAAUGUUUAUAUUGCCCUAAGGGCUGGCUUUUACGGCUGUAAAUCUGGUAAGUUUCGAAUAUAUCUAAUCUUUCUAUUCUAGAAUCGUGUUUUUUUCACAAAGAAGAAUAAAAGCACUUACUACAUUUUUGUCACGUGUGAGCUUAGUUAGUUGUAAGUUAGUUUUUAGGUUAAAACUUUAUGCUUUUAGAAAUUACUAGUUGCCAUUCUGCGUAAGUAACGCAGUGAUCAGUUCAGUAUCUAAGCAACUGCAUUUCUACCCCGCCUACCCCUUCCCUAACCCAACAUUAACUUGUUAUCAGUCAAGAAUGUUGUUGGGUGAGGGGAGGGUUUAGGUGGGUUAUACUAAGGUAAUGGGAUAAACUUCAAUAUAUCUUGAAAAACUCUAUGAAUCUUGUAUCGAUACCUUUAUGCCAACAGGGUUCGAUAUCCCCGAGAUUGUAUGCGCAGAUGCUCUCGGAAUGGAAAACGGCAAGAUACCAGAUUCGUCCAUUAUGGCUUCAUCACGUCAUAACCAAUGGUGGGGACCCGAGAGAGGAAGACUUAACGAGCAGAAAGAGGGUAUUGGACGGAUUUCAUUAUGUUCUCAUCAUCAUCCUUACCAUCGUCAUCGUCAUUGUUGUCAUCAUCAUUAGUAUCUUCUUUGUUAUCAUCAUCCCAUUAUCAUCUUCAUUAUCAGCGUCAUUGACAUCAUCGCCGUCUUCAUCAUCUUUAUUUUUAUCAUCAUUCCAUAUUGCCGUGUGUCUGUUCAGUAAUAGAUCAUGGAUGACGUCAAAAUGCAGUAAGGACAAAAAAGAAAGGCACACAAGGCGCAGCCAGGAGUUGAACUGGUGUUCUUGGCACACCUCGACGUCUUCUUUGUUCUGUAACUGAACAAAUCCACAGCAACAUGUUUUAUUUUGUAGCAAAACGAAAUAUUGUUCAUGGUCACGUCAUCAAUGCGUCUGUCUACCAAUAAUUCAUUAAUAAAAAACCAAUCAGCAUUACAUAUGAAUUGUCAUCGUCAUCAUGAUAAUCAUCAUUAUAUACGUUAGACCUAGUAUGAAAACUCUGAUUGGUCGAAAGCAUACAGUCAAUACACAAUGGUGUGUGAAGUUGACAAGAUAACUCAAUAUUUGCUGCAGAUAAUUGGUUAUCAUGUCGAGUUCAAAGUCUGUCUAGUUUCCAACCCCUUCGUUUGUGAAGUGUUCCCAAACGUUUGCUAACUCAGAGAGAAAUGUCUUUGUCAAAAAAACAAUUGUUGAAUUCGGUUUUUACAUGAUAUCAUGAAUUGUCAAACCUCGUGUCUGUGAUACAAACUACAUGGAUGUAACUCAGACUUCGGCGUUGAUAAUUUAUGCAAUUUCGAAAACCAGGAGCUCAUUGCUUGGAGCGUUCAAUUCCCAUACUGAACUUAUGUCAUGGCAUUUUCACAGAACGGUUUUUUUAUUUGCAUCUUUAGGGAGUUACCAGGGUGGUUGGAUUUCCCAAUAUGCCCAUACUAAUCAAUAAGUGAUUUGUAUCCUUAGGGAGUUACCAGGGUGGUUGGAUUUCCCAAUAUGCGAACGUGAAUCAGUGGCUGAUGGUUGAUUUGGGAAAGGUUACCAAGGUAACUAGACUAGCAACACAGGGCCGAUCUGACGCGGGAUGGUGGUCAAAGUCCUAUAGCCUGGAAUACAGUGAAGAUGGAGGAGUGUUCAAACCUUACAAAAAUGGCCAGGUAUCGUAAUUAAAUUGACUGUGCAACGGAUAAGUGGCCUGGUGCUUCGCAUGGUUAGGAAGUACUUCCACGUGAUUAUGAAUUCCAGGAACGCGUACUUUAUUUUUUUCUCUUAAUGUUCUCAGACAUAUUCUUUGUACUGUCAUAGGAGCUUCAAGGGAAUAUCGACUAUACUAAUGCAGUUGGGCAUAUUCUUGAUCCACCAAUUAUCGCGCGCUUCAUCAAAAUCAACGUCAAAUCAUAUCAUGGAUAUCCGUCCCUGAGAGUUGAAUUAUAUGGAUGUACCGAUGGUAAGUGAGAUGCCUUGGUAGUUGGGGAUUAGUUAUUUUUAGGGAUUUUAAGAAAACCACGACGGCGAAGUCGAAGGCGACGAGAACGUAGCGAAACAAAAGAUCUGAUGAGCAAAACAAUAGCGAAACACGUCCGUUUUAAAACUUUAUACAUUUCUUAGCCGUCCCAUACAGAUCAAAAACGUGAAAUCAUCAAAUUUUACGUCCUCUUAGCAAGGAAAUAUCUACAGCAACUUAGCCACGUUUUUAUUUUUAACUCAACACCACAUUUACAAGUUGUGCUGAGGUGAAGAUGUCGUACCGUCAGAAAAGGUUAACCCAUCGAGCUACUUGUAAAAAUCUUAGCGGAAAAAAAAUUACGUUUCUUAUUACCACAUGUUGCCAUAGUGACAUAGAUAGUGACAUAGUGACAUCUCAGACUCCCUAUUCACCUCUUGGCCGUGGGGGGGGUGGACAACUUUAGAGGAAUCACAUGGUUUUCAGGAGCAUAAGAAUAUAACAGAACCCUAAGGGAAUUUGACAAAUUAUUGUGUUCAGGGUUUUAAACACAUGCUAUCAUUACCAUUGCAUCGCACUGUGAGCCUCUAAUAGAAUACAUCUUUUGCCAGUUUUGAGCAAUGUGAAAGAGUAACAGCUUUUACUUUAUGAGUGCAGCAGUCCCCCAACCGUUUACUCCAGGGUGACCAUUUGCAUCCAAAUAAUUUUACCAGUAUCAACCACCAUGGGCGAGGGUUUAACACAGGUCAACAUGGAAUCUACCAUUUGUUUUAUACGAUAAAAGAGAGAAAUGUUGUUAUACUGACGACGUUAUAUAUCUAUGCUUCUGUUCUCCCAUAGAUCCUGGGUAAAAACCAAUGAAAUACGUGUGUAAUUAAGCUUAUCACAUAAAACUUGAGUAAUCUAUUUCUGUGUGCAGGGUUCCCAACACCAAAACCACCACAGUGCAUGGAUGCCCUUGGAAUGCAAAGUGGUAAAAUACCGGACUCUGCGAUUACAGCGUCAAGCUCAUCAAAUGCUAAUAGCUUUGCUCCAUACGUUGGCAGACUUCAUUUCCUGAGUUCCGGCAGUGGUAAAUACGGAGGCUGGGCGGCGGCCUCAAACAACGCUGAGCAGUAUUUCCAGGUCGAUUUUGGAAGCUGGACGCAAAUAUCAGCUGUUACCACCCAAGGAAGGCAGGAUUCUGCCCAGUGGGUCAAAACGUACAGCCUAUCAUUCAGCUAUGAUGGUGUCUUCUGGCAAACAGUCCUAAAUGAACAUGACCUAAAGCAGGUGAGAACCUAACAGUACAGUUAUCUGCCUUGUUCAUUCGGUUGCUUACAAUUCUUUUUGGUACAGACUUUUAUUCGAAAGUCCCAAUCUAUUAAAUAACUGAUUUAAUGAAAAAUAAUGUUACAAAGCGACUCACUCGUGCAAUUUGAAUUUUAUACAGGUUUUUAUAGGAAAUUCUGACCGAUUCACACCAGUAAGGAACGUACUGUACAAACCGAUUAUAACGCGGUACAUCCGCAUUCACCCAGAAACAUGGCAGUCUCACAUAACCCUGAGAGCCGAAUUUUACGGCUGCAAAGAAGGUAAAAUGUUUAUUUGAAUUCUUUAAGCACUUUUCGAACCCCAGACCAUUAUAAUCAACGACCAAUCAGAGUUAAGGAGGACUUGUUUGAGAGCCAGUAAGAACUCAAAGUAAAUCAACGUAAGUGUGAGCAAACACGCGUGACCAAGACUUAAAGGUGAACUUCAGAGGUCUAUUAUUACUACUUACGAUUCGAUGACCGCGUCAUGAGUUUUUCAUAGGCGCUUUUCGGUGUGCUGAGUGCAAAUUUGCUAGUGUUUUCCUUGUAAGCACUUCAUCAUAGUUUGUAUUUCAUGGAAAAAGUGUCCUUAAUUUCUCAGUAUGGUUAUCUACGUACAAUCCCUGUUAAUCUUUUCAAAGGUCCUUCAUGUAAUUCUUCUCACCAUAUGCCACACAACUCUUAUGAUGUCAGUUUGGAGAAUUUGACAUUGGAUCAACUAAUAAUCCCCCAAUUAUUGAUAUUUUUCUGUAUUCUCAUUGCUUGUCUGCUUAAUAUUGUAUUGAUAUUAUAAGGAGAAACUCUGGCUUGGUCACUCAUGAGAGUUUAAAAGGUUACUAUUCCUUUUUCCUGUAAGGCUAUUCAUACAAUUUCUGUGUUUUCAUAUCUCACCAAAGUAAAAUUUUUCUAUCUGUAUUUUUGUUUCAUGAAGAAGUGUUUUUUUUCUUGUACCUCGGGCUAGUCUCACACUUAAGUAUUGAGUCUCAACAAAAUACAGCUCUAAUUUACAUCUUUUGUUGUUGUUGAAAUAGGAUUCAAACCACCCGUAAUAGUUUGUGCUUCUGCUCUGGGAAUGGAAAAUGGCCACAUACCAGAUACAGCCAUUACAGCAUCAUCACGUUAUAACCAAUGGUGGGGACCUGAGAGGGCAAGACUUAACAUGCAGAAAGAAGGUAUUGGAUAGAUUAUUUUAAACUUGACAGAUGUUCCUCUCUCCAUCCAGGAGUAUAAAUGGGUAUGGGUGAAUUGUCAGGGAAGCCUGAUAAAAUGCUAAGGGGGGGGGGUAACCUUGCGAUGGACUAGCAUUCCAUCCGGGGGAGGUGUGGUAAUAACACUCCAGUAACACUCCUAGUAACACUCUUAGAUGCUUCGUGCCAUAUGGAAACCGGGAUAAGCUUUGACUACAGGCGGCCAAUAGGCUCUAGCACAGACUUUACCUUUUACCUAUCAGUGGGGAGGCUAAGAACUCGGAAACAAUUCUAGCAUGACAGCUAAGUAUUGUGUAAAGUUGAUAGUGAAGACAAGAACUCGAACGAAGGCAAAGUGUUGAAAUGAAAUCUUUCUGAAAUGUUAAGGUAAAGAUAUCUAUAUCUUUAGGGGGUUACCAGGGAGGUUGGAUUUUCCAAUAUGCCAAUAUUAAUCAAUAAGUGAUUUGUAUCUUUAGGUAGUUACCCGGGUGGUUGGAUUUCCCAAUAUGCCAAUACUACUCAAUAAGUGAUUUGUAUUUUAGGGAGUUACCAGGGUGGCUGGAUUUUCCAAUAUGCCAAUACUAGUCAACAAGUGAUUUCUAUCUUUAGGUAGUUACCGGGGUAGUUGGAUUUCCCAAUAUGCCGUUAAUAAUCGAUAAGUGAUUUCUAUCUUUAGGGAGUUACCAGGGUGGAUGGAUUUCCCAAUAUAGGGACGUGAAUCAGUGGCUGAUGAUUGACUUGGGAAAGGUUUCCAAGGUAACUAGAAUUGCGACGCAGGGCCGAUCUGACGCGGGAUGGUGGUCAAAGUCCUAUAGCCUGGACUAUACCACAGAAGAUGGAGGAGAGUUUACAAAGUACAACAAUGGCGAGGUAUGUUUACACUCACUGUUAGACUAUUCGGCGCCAAAUGGAUAACGAAAAAUGAAAGGGCUGUAGCAUUUCAGAGGGAGUUUAAAAAAAAGCGUAAUGCGAGUUAAAAUCCUGGUUGUUUUAUCAGACCUGAGUUUAAUAUGAUUUCCAUAAUUUACACUAAGCUUUUCAAUUCAAGUGAUGAACUUACUCAUUGAAGCCCCGGAUGAUUUUGGUCAUGUCACGAUAACAUUUAUCUGAACCCCCUUCUAAGGCUCUACAAUAGCAUUAUGAACCCCCAACCCCCUCCACAGGGGGGAGGGGGUGGGGGUGGGGCAGGGAAUUGGCAGUCAAGUUUCCAAAAUUUACCAUUUUCCCGCUCCGUUCUCCAUGAAAACCAUAUAAACCCCCUAAACUCUUCCCUCCCCCCUCCUCAGGCGAAAAAUGAGUGGUCCCCUUUUCUUAAAUCUGAAACUGUCCUUUUUGAAAAGGUUCUUAUGGGCAAUACCGACUACAAGACUGCAGUUGGCCGCAUUCUUAACCCAGCCAUCAUUGCUCGAUUUGUUAAAAUCAAUGUCAAAUCAUACUCAGGAUACCCGUCGCUUAGAGUGGAACUCUUUGGAUGCUCUGAUGGUAUGUGGCUUAUAAUGUCAAUUAUUUGGUAAAUAAGAACGUCAAAGAAAAAACUCUAAUAUAAGAGCAAGUGGCCUUUUUUCACAAGAUCUCAGAAGAGACAGAAUAUUAUCGCCUGUAUCAGUUAUUUUCAAUAAAUGGUUAUUCAUUUUUGAGAAAUGCAAGAUGUCUUAGAUAUUUCCAAUGUUAACCUUUAAGUUACCAUUAAGGCAACUUAAUGUAGUUCUUCAAUACUUAUGAGCGGAGAGAAAGAAACCCUGGCGAGGAAUUAUCGACAGGAACCUAAUCUUUCGAAUAGCCUUGAAGGAGGCUUUCCUUGUAAAAAAAUAUUGCUUAGGAAGGUGAGGAAGAUCCGUCUCGAUUAAUAGUGUCAACUGUGUCAGGUCAAGAUGUUUUGCAGAUAACCUAAUGACAAUCAGCAAGCACCUAAAAAGGGCUUUGUGUGCAUCAUCUUGGCAGUUGAUCUUUAAUCCAAUCAAAUGAAACUCUCAAAGAAAUUUUCCUACAUAACAAAUAAGCGUUGACCGGCCGUUGUCUACCUCACACGCACGAUUUGCUCAUUAGUCAUGAGGCAGGCGAUCUGGGCACUAAUUUGCCCUAAUAUUGUCGGAUCAUCGUCAGUAUUUAAGAAACUGCGCAUCUACUCCUCCCGUCAUUCAUUAAUACUAACUUCUUGUCAGUUGACUGUUGAGUUAGGGGAAGAGUAGGGGCGCAGUUGCUAAGUCAUGAAACGGAGGGGGAGGGGGGGGGAACAUUUAUUGACCCUACACAUCUAUGUUUGACGAGCUACGCGGAAGUGCAACCGUGACAUAUUCGUCUCAAUUCAAUUUUACUAUGUAAUAUACUUUUAAUUUAAUUAGAACUAGUUACCUCAUUUUAUCUCAGAGUGUGGACUUUCCUUCCGAUUGCACGAGGAUAAACAUCAACAAUUAAACAGAAUUUUGAGCCUCAGAGUGCUAUUAACUUGUAAAGACUACUGGAUGAACCUUCAGUGAAAAUGAACUAUGGUCAACAGGCAAAAUAACGUUUUCAAAGUUGCUUUCUACACUGAAGUUUCUAUUUAAUUUAUGUAGGAUUUUCCACACCUAAACCACCACAGUGCAUGGAUCCCCUUGGAAUGCAAAACGGUAAAAUACCAGACUCUGCCAUUACAGCGUCAAGCUCAGCAAAUGCUAAUAGCUUUGCUCCAUACGUUGGCAGACUUCAUUUCCUGAUGUCUGGUAGUGGUAAAUACGGCAGCUGGGCCGCGGCCUCAAACAAUGCGGACCAGUAUUUCCAGGUCGACUUCGGAACAUGGACACAGAUCACAGCUGUAGCCACCCAAGGAAGGCAGGAUUCUGCCCAGUGGGUUAAAACGUACAGCCUUUCAUUCAGCUAUGAUGGUGUGUUCUGGGAAACAUUCAACGAUGAGGACAACUUAAAGCAGGUGAGAACCUAAUGAAUAUAGUAUUCUGAUAAUUGUGAAUUCCAUUGGCUCAGGGUUCUUCGCUAGUGUAGUUAUGGGUAUUUUAUUGAUUUCAAGGAUUUAAGGGAUCAUUAUUGGUCAAUACGUCUGCCGAGAAAAUGAAAUAUUCUUUGAGAAUACUUCGGCUUGUGUUUUGGUCAAGGAUGUUUGUGCUAGGGAGCGGAAGAGAGGGGGCUGGGUGGUUGGGGAAGCUUCCUAGUAACAGUUAAAUGAAGAUGUGCUCUAUAAGGAUGGGGUCGCACAUUUUUUGGGGGUAAGAAAAUUCUGAUAAGGAGGGAUUUAAGAAUGGGAAGAUUUGUGGUUGAAAAGUGACUACAAAGGGGUCUUUAAUCGACCAUGUAAUAGACUAUAAUGUGGUAGCUGUUCUGAGACGCCAGUGGCACAUAACUAACAAGGCCCCCCCCUCCCGGGGGGUUUGUGUCUAAUUGUCAAGAAAAAGACAAAUAAUUAAUCUCAUAAACGCGAUGUGUUUUGAUCUCUAAGAAAGUUUGUGAUGUUGGGAAAGGUUAGCAAAGUGAUGUUUUUCGAAAGGUUUGAUUUGAUGCAAAGAGCUGGCAUCAGACAAAUAGUGCAGCGAGAUUCAAACGAAAAACGGGCGCUCGUUUUUGUCUCACCACGCAGUCUAUUUUUUUUGCUGACCUGCUCACUUUCCUCGCUGUUGACGUAAAUUUCUUGCCACAGGAAAAUGAAAAAAAAAACUUACAGCAACAUGAAGGAAUUUUGAUGGGUCGGCAUAGGAAAUUGGAUGUAGUGGUGAGACAAAAAAAAUUCACGCUCGGUCUAAGGUGCGGUGAAAUUGUAAAAAAGAAGAUUCUUAACAUAUGAUUCACUUGAUCUUAAUUGAUUGUGUAAUUAGUAAAUGUUUGUGAAAUGAAUAUUGCAGGUGUUCCACGGCAACUACGAUAGAUUCACAGUGGUAAAAAACAAAUUACAUAAACCAAUUAUAACAAGAUACAUCCGGAUUCGUCCAGAAACGUGGCAGGCCCAUAUUUCCUUGAGAGCAGAAUUUUACGGCUGUAAAGAAGGUAGCAGAUAAGAUACCUAUCAUUUUUUAUUGCCGAAGGGGGCGGGGGUUUCGGAAGAUUUUGGUUGUGUCACAAUGAAAUUUACUUGAAGUAUUCUAAUGAUCGCCUCUUCGAGAGUCAAUUUUCUCUAGACUCUCUUUAAACUCUGGUAGAGAAAACUGAUACUGAAACCCCCUCUGUCGCCCCUGAAAACCACCUGAUCCCCCCCGUAAAAAAACUCUGAUCCCCCACGAUAAAUAAUGACUGGUCGCCAUGUUGUAUAAUCCUUUUAUUUUUGGCAGUUGUUAUAGUAGGUAGCUUUUGGACAAUGGAAAAAACUUUUGAUUUUAUUCGAGCUAAUGCAGCAAUGCUUUGUACAUUUUAAUUUUUUGUUUCCUCCUUUCCUUCUUUUCAAAUAACUGGAAUCAUUUUUUAGGAAUGGAACUUGGAUGCGUCGUUUUUAAUGGAAAACGACGCGCGCACCAUUUGAAUUGAAAUCCUCCUGUUUUUAAAAUGGUUCCUUUUUACUGCAUGUCAAACGGAAAUAGAGACGUCAGGCCGUUUGUAGAUCUCAACCCCUUUACUUCUGAGAAGAUUAGCUAAAAUAAUUUUCUUUCUGCAGGAUUUGUACCACCGAAGCUGGAAUGUCAGUCAGAACUUGGAAUGAAAAGCGGCAAGAUACCCAACAGCGCUAUCACUGCCACCUCUAGCUACAGUGAUUCAUAUCUCCCACAGUACGCCAGACUCGACAAUACAUUGCCCUCAAAUGUCCAUGCAGCUUGGUUUCCAAAGUCGCACGAUGACGGUCAGUUUAUUCAAGUUGAUCUCGGAGAAAUCACGAAGAUAACUCGUAUUGCCACUCAGGGACGGUACAAAGUGGGACAUUACACCAAAAACUACUACGUAACGUAUAGUGUUGAAGGCGGCCCUUACCUCGCCUACAAAGAGAAUCAGGUAAAUUGUCUGAUAAGAACUUACUUUAAGUCGUAUGUGGUCCAGGUUCAUUAUCAACAGUGAAAGCAAGGAAAGGUUUUGCUGUUGACGAAAAUAUCAUGAACGAGUUAAGUAAAAUAUAAUGAUUGACCCUGGUGUUACAUUCGAUUGCAAAAACGUCGACACCUAAAAAGCGUGAUCCAGAACGGUUUUAUGGGAGACAUCCGCCCUGAGUUUAAAGAAAUAGAGUGAACGUUUUUUCAUGAAAAUGGUCGCUUGAUAAGGCUUGAGUGAGACAAUAUGUUAGUCCUUUUUUUGUUGUUGUUUUUUUUGAAGGAAUGAUGUGAAUGACUAGCCGUUAAUGACUUUUCGACAUUGAAAAAUCAACCCCAGAAAAUUUCCAUAAUCCUAGUCCAGCUAGAUCUGGUUGCACCACAAGUAGUCCAAGCUCGCAAACGAGACUUCGUAAAUAUGCAGAUAUGUUUACGUUGCACAAUUCUUUUUUUCUCAAGACUAGUUUAGAUUUUAAGGUUGGUAAUGCAGUCCUUCUAUUUUGUUUUUUCGUACAAAUCCUUUUAUUUAGUUAAUUGUGUAACGCAAACAUGUUUACAUGUUGACGAAUCAAAGGCUCAUUAUCCGAGCUUGGGCUACCAGUGGUUGAACAUUUAUGCUGUGAUACCAUUGGCUACGAGACCCUAGAAAAGGUCGCCAGUGGCAAGAGUGUUUUUCGUGUUUAUUUGGAAAUCUUGUCAUCUUAUGUACUUUCCAUUUUUUUCCAUGCCUUAUUCUAGCUUAUUCCUGCCAAUAAAGACACCAAGACUGUUGGACAUAUCUUCAACCCGCCCAUAAUCGCGCGCUACAUACGGCUCCACCCUAAACAGUAUCAUGGCUACAAGGCUCUACGAUUCGAAUUUUACGGUUGCACAGAAGGUACGUGUUCGCGGUAUACUUUACAUGAUCAAGGCACUAACAUUUACAAACGCUUCUGCUUUCACAUAGCCUACCGAGCAGGUGUAAUUUUGGUAAGCGAGUGUUCAGUAUAUGCUUGGUGAAAACGAAGCUGCCAUCUUUGAUUUUUACAGCUGCGAAAGGCUGGGGAGAGAAAGAGAUUUGUUCUAAGGGGGUGAGCUACGGUAAAAAGAGAAGAGGGAAGGGAUGGGUAGGGUAAUAGAAGUUAGUCUCCUCCCCUUUCCCCUUCUAGAGUCGCCCAUUUAUACUCUGAUAGCGAUGAUUGAUUCCCCAUCUGUUCCCCUUCAAAAGCAUGCCGUCCCCCCCACCCCAUACUCUCCGACCCUCCGGGUGAUAAACGAGUGGCCCCGCCUUAAGGUGGCGUUGUGCGUCUCGUGAGGAACUUGUUAUACAAAAAUGUUUGCCUUGAAAGUGUAUGAAUACUUAUACUAGAGUUGCUUUAGACAGGAGUGCGGGAUUGCAAUUUUAGAACGGCAUUCGUUUUGCUUUAACCUCUCUCUGUGAUUGGUAUGGAAUGCACAACCAAUCGUGCGUCUGCCCGAACUUCAGACAGUUUUCUUGUUUUACAUUUUUGUUCUCUUUUCUCCCUAACGAUCUCUAACGAUCUUCUUAACUGCUCCUAUUUGCUACGGUGAUUACCUUGGUUUUGGUUUUUUUUCAAUCCCUCCAAAGAGCGCUAAAUAUGAAAAAUCUACCUUUUCUCUACAGGGUUUAAAAUUCCGGAAACGCCCACCUGUCAGUUGCAACUUGGUAUGCAAAAUGGUAAGAUACCAGAUUCAGUAUUAACAGCUUCAUCGAUGCUGAGUGCCACCUAUGCGCCAGGAAUGGCCAGACUACAUCAAACGGCUGCCAGUGGUCGCGGUGGAUCCUGGAUUGCAAAAACGCAAGACCACAACCAAUGGUUUCAGAUUGACUUUGGGGUCGAGACAACAAUUACACGGAUUGACACCCAGGGUCGACAAGAUGGCUCACAGUGGGUGAAGGAAUACACACUUAGAUACAGCGAUGAUGGGUCUUACUUUACGCAGUACCAACCCGAAGGAUACACAAAGGUUUGUUGUUCCCAUCAAGGGAUUGUAAAAAACUGUUUAUCAUAUAUAGCUUGAUAUUUGUCGCUAAUUCAUUUCCCAGCUGUUCAAUGAUGAGGGCCGUUAAAUGAAAUAAUAAAUAUUGUAUGUUGAGGCCACAGAAUGUUAUAAGGGCAAAAUUGGUGAAGAUUCAAGUCUUUAUAUCGCGGAUAGAUGUAAAAGUACGCAUUCUGUAAAUGUAAGGCAGAGAACAUGCCCUCCACGAGAACGCUUUGGUAGUGGAUUAAUUAACUCUCUCUCGAAUAUCUUUUUUCUUUUUCUUUUUAUGUGAUAAGACAUUUAAGGGAAAUAGCGAUCGUUAUACCGUUGUUGGCCACGAAUUGGACCCACCUAUCAGGGCACGAUAUUUGAAGAUCAUUCCAGAGGAAUGGCAGACCUACAUUGCGAUGAGGCUCGAGUUUUACGGUUGCAAGUCAAGUACGAUCCGUUUAUCCUGAUCAUAUGAUUUUAAACUAACCUAGUAAUUGUUUAUAGCCAAUUCAGAGUAUCUAUGUUUGACGCUUAUUGCGUAUCACGUUGGAAGUUGUGCACGCCAUUUUUUUCAAAUAAUCGAAUCAUACACAUUCUAUUGGGUGAAAGAUGAAUGCUUUCUCUGCGUUUUCUUUACUGAUUAAUUAGGUUCACUUAGCCCUCAAGCGCAUAACUCUCUAUGGUAUAUCGAACAAAGACAAUUCACGUUAUCGUGUGUCUGCUCAAAAAAUAGACCACAGAUUACGUCAAAAUUUGGUAAGAACAAAAUUUGGUGGUAAAAAGCUAUUGCUAAAUCGAGUUAAAGAUUUCACUUUCUCAAUGCGGACAAAAUUUUCAAAAAUUUCAAUCAUUGUGGGCUAUGUAAAGCAAAGGAAACAUUUUUGUAUGAUGUCAGCCAUGCGUCUAUAAAGUGAUUCAAUAGUUAUUGCCAAAUUUCAAUCACAGCGCUUGUAGUAUUCAGCCUAGAGUAUGAAAUUUAAGGUUGUAGUGGUAGCAAUGGCAAGUGGUAACUGUAGUGGCAGCAGGAAGGGAAUUGAUGCUGGCGGUAGCAGUAUCAGAAUCAACUGAAGCGAUAGGAUUAAACAACAAAAAAUGAUAAAAUUGAGAACUUGAGAGCAAGAGGCAAAAUUUGGUUUUCUCUUUAGACGACGGUGGCUAUUCAAAUUGGGGAGCUUGGUCCAAGUGUUCCGAAACCUGUGGAAAGGGUAGUCACACCCGCACUCGCACUUGUACCAGUCCUCCUCCGAGUGCCGGUGGAAAGGACUGCUCAAGCCUAGGACCUGACAAAGAGACUGGAGAAUGCGAUGCUGGAGGCUGCCCAGGUAUGAUUACAAGAACAACAAAAAUCAUUCUGUUUUUGUUUUCCUUUUUCGUUCCAUAGCCUCUUGGCCCUCUCUCACCUUCUUCUUCUCCGCCUCCCGACACUUCUUUCUUCCUGUCCGUCCCUCCUCCUUCUCCCUCAUCCUUCUCUUUCCUUCAUCUCGUCCUUCUCCCUUUCAACCUUUACAGACCCUUCGUUCAGCGAUUCUCUUUAGACCACUCUUCACUCUACAACGUUUCCCUUUCUUCUUUUCUAUCCCUUCUCUGUAUACCACCCUCUCCGACUAUGCUCAGCUUUGUCAUCUUGAAGGAACUAUCUUUGACUGGCAUUUUGAAAACCAAGAUGGUGAAAAUUUCAGACCUUUGACUGAACAAUAGCUUCAUACUUUUACUCUAAGACUUAAGUAUUUUUUAACAUAGGGGUGUAUUUACCCUUUCUACACUACGUUUAAGCAGCUUUCACACCAAUUCACCAAAAAGAUCCGAAACGAAAAAAGCGUUUUUACAUAUGGUAAAACGUUUUAACCUGUCAUUCUCAGAGAUGCGCAGGUCCAAAAGAUCAGAAACUGUGUUUCUAAAUGACUUAUCUGAGCUCUUCUUUUUUGGCUCUGGUACACAUGAGUGAAUGAGUCUGCCGCUGAGAGGAAACCGCUGGGUAAAAAGGUCUAGAUGCAUGCGCUUAAAAACGAGAGAAUGUCAGAAUUCAGAAUGAAAGGUUUUUUAAACCACCAGUGAGUCUUAACGAAGCUGAAUUGCCAUGUUGAAGUCUCCGUGAUAUAUUUGCAGUCAAUGGCGGCUACUCUGCUUGGACAGCAUAUGGUGAUUGUUCAAAGACUUGUGGAGGUGGGGAACAGACACGUGAGCGGACAUGCACUAAUCCCCCACCACAGUACGGUGGAAAAGACUGCAGUGGACUAGGACCAAGUUCUUCUACAAGAAGUUGUAACGAAGGGCAAUGCCCUGGUAAACCAGGUAGAAUUUAAGUUAAUCGUUAUUUACAAUGCAAAGAAAGUGUCAGUGACGUAAUGGUAAGUGCGCUCCAGCUUCCGGUGCAAGGAGGAUGAACCGCAAUUCUCUUUUUUACUUCGUGUAGCGGUCUCUAGGAUAUUUUGAGUUUUAAAUUAUGGGCCUAUGCUUUUAUCGAUGCACGGAAGAAGUAGACCUUUUUUUUUUUUUUUGCUGGCAACCAUCGGCCAUUACUAAGACAACAAAUUUAUUGACACGGGUUAGGUUAAAGUGGCAAGUAAUGUUCAUUAAUAAAUUUCAAUGAGGUAGAAAAAGACAGUCAAACAAAAAACACAAUUAAAAGAACCGUAUCUGACCUAAGAUUCUCCAAGCUGAAAAUACAGGAUGUACAAAAGAGAAAACUUCUAACAGCAUGCACUUCGUUUGAUCUUAUUGUUAUUUUAAAGUUGACGGAGGUUACACCCAAUGGGAGCAGUGGUCAGAUUGCUCCUUGACAUGCGGUGGAGGAAGACGCAACCGCCAUCGACAGUGUACCAACCCUAUGCCAUUGAAUGGGGGAAGAGACUGUUCAGGUCUUGGACCGUCGAGUGAGACUCAGGAAUGUGGUACUGCUCCAUGCCCCAGUACGUAUUCAUAUUUGCCCCCGUUGUGAUCAUUAUCUUUCUGAUAUCAUCGUUUUCUUUGUCUUUUACCGUGGAGGGGGGUAGGGACGUUGAAUGGAACACACCGGAUCGCAGAGGCACACUAUAACCUUUCAAUAGGAUUAGGUUUCUUAGAUAUAAAUAUGUGAUUGAUCGUAGCUUAUCUGUCCUCGUGCCUUAUAUUACAGUAAUGCAGCAAAAAUCUAUUGAUUUCUUUGGUCUAGCAUUAUUAUAUCGCUAAAAAGAGCAAUUCAUUUAAAUUAAGUGACGAAAAAAAUCUGAGAUUGCUUUGUUUUGCUUUACUUCGUUAUGUAAUUGGUCCACAAAACUCACGCCACUUUCUCAACCAAUCAGAUUUAAAAUUAAAACCAGUCGUGACUUGGUCGCACGCGUUUUCCCGUGCUUCAGGCGGUUGGACUGCUUUUACUUCGAGUUCUCAUUGGCACCUGGUGACAUUUCCCUUCCUAUGAUUGGUUGUUGUAAUUGUUUUGGGUUUGGUAUUAUGAAACUCCAUUGAAAACUGCUCUAUUGUGCAUGAUUAAAAACCUGCUGUGUGUAUUUUGCAGUUGAUGGUGGAUACGGCCAAUGGGGAAAGUGGAGCGAGUGUUCAGUUACUUGCGGAAGCAAGAAAGGCACAAGAAGACGUGACAGGCUGUGCGACAGUCCAAAACCUGCGAAUGGCGGUAAAGACUGCUCUAGACUUGGAAAGGACACUGAGAUGGAGGAGUGCAAACCGAAAGUCUCCAAAUGCCCCGGUAAGUAUACACACUUUAUUUCACGCGUGCUGAACAAAAGACUGCGAAAAUACAUCGUUUGUCAAAUCAGAGACACGAACGUAGUACUUCACAGUGGAGGGCAACAAAUGGCUUCCAAUCCUUGAAAUGUGUCAGUCAGUAAGAAGAAAUCUCAGUAUGUGUGAAAUAAAAACAUUACGCCAUGGAAAGUGCUUGAACAAUUUUUAUUCAAUCGUUGCGUUGCAUCAAAAAAACGAACGAGUGAGCACGGCGAACGAGUGAGUUUUUUGACACAUCCCAUCCCGUGACUAAAAUCGUUAUUGCGCACUUUCCAUGAAAUACUCUCUAUUCAUUAGAUGGGUUGACAUACAAUAAGCGUCGGUACUUUGCAAGUUGCGAGUCGAGGGAUUUGUUAUCCAACCAUUAUUUCACUUUUUAAUAUUUUGAUUUGUUUAGUUUACACUCCACGGGCUAGUCUGUGCAUCGCAUCGCAUCGAUCGCUUAGGGAGUACGCGACAGACGAAAACAACACGAACAAAAUCAUUUAAGUCUUCCUCAUGACCAAGGAAGAAGUCUAUCGCGAUUAAAUUUUGUUUCUCUAAAAUUCAAGCUCAACAAAACGAAAAAAGGUUUGGAUUUUUCAGUGCGGCCAUUUUUUUGCGCCGUAUUUUUGCCCUGCUGUUUAAAGUAAUACCGUGGCAUAUUUUGCACGUUAUCAUGGCUUUAUUUGAUAAAAUGAUACAUGAAUGAUAAAGAACAAGAACAAUGUACUAGGGAAAAUGACCUUCUUUUUUACCUUUUAAUUUACCCCUUAUUUAUGUUUCUAAAUGCUGUGGUUAUAAUCAAUUGAUAGCUCAAAAUCGAUGGCAGGCAUUUUUUAGAGUAACUAGCUCUUAACGCCCUGCACAUACCUGAUUUUUGCAAAACGCUGUACACAGUUUAUUGUUCAAAGUAUUACUGAUGAAAGCAGAGUAGGGGUUCCGGUCUCAUUUUGCAAGCUAUUUCACUCAUUCGUGUUUUCUGCGGUUACUUCGUUGAUGUUGACAGUCAAGAAGUGCAAAUCGAUAAAAAAGAGGUCAUUUCAUGGCCACGCGUGGAUUCCUGUUUGUAAUCUAGGAUUGCAGAAUAUUAAAGUUACUUCAACUUCCGGCAUAGCAAUAAAGGAAUUCAGUCUGAUUACAAGAGAUACUUUCCUCCCAAAAAAAUUUAAGCUUAACUUUGGUAAUGCUUGUUGUUAAAACAAAAACUCUUCGUGAAUGUAAAAAAGCCAUGUAGAUCUCUCCAUUGGCCAGGUUUUCCUGAUUAGUCGCUCUUUUCAUAAGCUGACGUUCCAACUUUUAAACAAAGAGACUUAGCUUGUCGUAGAAAAGUUAUCCUAGAAAGAAAUUUGCUAAUGUAAGUGAUUUGAACAGUUGUUACUGUAAGGGCAAUUUACAGGGUCAUUAUGCUCCUGGCAAGCUGGAAAUAUUUUCCUGGACAAGUGCAAUGAUUAACAUAACUAUUUGUUUAUGUGCAGUUGACGGUGGUUACGGUAAAUGGGGCAAGUGGGGUAAAUGUAGCAAAACUUGUGGCGGAGGACAACAAACAAGAAAGCGAAAAUGCAACAAACCGAAGCCGUCAAAAGGAGGAAAGAAAUGUAAUGUCCUUGGACCAAGUAAAGAAACUCAGGAAUGCAACACAAAUCCUUGUGGACGUAAGUAGACUCUUUUAUGGCACAUUUAUGAAAACUCAGAGGAGUUCCACCAACAUGUUUUGAGUUUUUCUUUCUUUUACAACAUGCAGGACUACCAUCGAAAAUAUAGGGGUACAAAAUAUUAGCUCGGUAUGAAAGAGGAAGGAGAAGAGUCCAUAAUAAACCAAGAAAGGGAUAGGAUAAUUAGCGAUGAAGAAGAUUGGAGAAGGGUUUCAUUGACCCUGGAAUUUAAGGUUAAAAUUUCAAGAUUUUCGAACCUUAUCGUAGCGCAGAAAGGAUAAAACUGAUUGGUAAAAACUCAGAAUUCUCCAGCUGGGGACGAAUUGGUCGCUAAUUGGCUGAUUUAGGGGAAUUUUUCAUUGAGUGUCUAAAGUGACCCGUGAUCGCUUUGUUUUUGCUCCGCUCUAUGAUUGGUCCAGAAAUUCACGCCUUUCUCUCAACCAGUCUGAUGCAAAACUAAAACAAUCACGACUUGGUCAUCCGCAUUUUCCCGCGCUUUAGGCAGUUUGGCUGCGUCUACUUUGAUUUCUCAUUGGCUCUUAUAGCCAUUUUCCUUUCUUCUGAUUGGUUGUUGUUGUGAUUACUUUGAUUUUAGUUUUACGACACAAUCGAAAAGCGCUCUAUGUUUACGAUUCGAGUUUGCAUCUUCAAUCAAAAUGAAGGUUCAUAUGUUACAAUACUGACAAAUCAUUUUUAUACACACGACGAUCGACGGGAAGUAAUUAUUUUUCAGUGUUGUGAUUUGAGAAAUGUUGAAUCAAAUUGCAAGAGCGAUCCAGGAUUAUGUUGGUUUUUCGACACUAGGAUGCGCUCUCUGAUUGGGGUAGAAAAUCUUAUGUUCCCACUCUCGACCAGUCAAAUAAAAACGUGAAACAAAUCAUUAGUUGAUAUCAAGCUUAAUUAUAUCUAUCAGUUGGUACGUGCGCUAUGAUUAGUAAACUAAGCAGGACGUUCUUCUCUGUAUCGCCUGCUAAUUUCAAAAGUUUGUUUGAGUAGAAAUCUCCCCCCUCUUGAGCCAAGAGAUAUAAUAAAUAUCUUUCUAACCUUGUUUACCCAGUCCGUAAUUAAGUUAUAUAACCUCUUUUUUUCUACUCGGAUUUAUGGCCUGCGUGCUUUAGGCUUGGGCCACAAAACCGAGCGGACAAAACUUGGCCCGUAACGUACAGUACGGACCAAGCAUUCGGUAAUUAAGAGGUAUUUUAUGCGCACAGACGCCACAAUUAACAUCACAUAAAUAGCAUACUGAUUGGAGAAUUAGUUUCCUGGCAUGGUUUCUGAGAAAUUAAUUUAAUUCACAGAUAGGUUUUUACAUUUUGAGCUGAGUAAUGGAGUAGGGAAAGUCUCGAGCGAUUUAACUUUGUUUUUUGAUCAACAGCUGCCUGGAAGCCAAUGGGCUGCUAUAUUAUGAAAGCUAAAGCACUCGAUAAGUAUUUCUUAAGAGCAGGAAGCAUCUCUCAAAUUGGCAAGAGAUUCGACGCAUGUGUAAAAGAGGCUAAGGCUCAAGGAAUCAAAUUGUUUGGUAUGGAUGACAAAAGAUGCUGGACAAGUGAUAACCCAGAGAAAUCCUACAAUAAGGUUGGAAAAUCGGGACUAUGUAAGAAAAAGAAAGACUAUGGUACUGGCUUUACAGAGUCCCUCACAGUGUUCGUGUAUCGCAUGGAUGGCAAAGGUAAAGGAUCAUAACGAACCUUUUCGUAUGUAAAUAGUGAUAUGCACAAGCGACGGGAGUGUCACACAACAAGUGGAUCCCAAUUUGCCUUGUGUCUGGUCAGUUUUAGAUCAUAUUAGAUCAUAUAAUGUCCAAAUGAGCGAGGAACUUAAAAGUGACGUCUUUUAUUUAUUGCUAAGCCGAUACAUCUCAAAAGGAAUCUGUGCUUUUUUUGCGCACAGCACCGACAUGUGACAUGAGUUUGCUCAUGCAGAAUUUCUUUCUUUGGGGGGGGAGAGCUUCACUGGCCGCAAUCUUUUAUAAUCGCGAAAACAUUUUUAAAACUUCACGCCAUGUUUUUAAAAAAAAAAAAAGGCUUAACCAGUUUCUCCUGACUUCAGUCGUUUGUCUGUUUUCCCGUAGAUCAUUGGCACGAAUUAUUCGGUCUUUUAACAUCCACAUGUACAUUAUUUAACCUUAGGCGUGUUUACCUGAAAGUCAAAUUGCAGGAAACCUAUGACUUCCAUGUAGUUAAAUGGACUUCAAAGUGAAAUUUCCACUCAUAACUAAAUGAUCAUGAAAGUUCUCAACUCAAUUUUGGUUCGUAAUAAUUUCACACUGGUUUCGUCACGGAAUGUCAUAAUUCAGUUUUCUUUGAAAUUAACAAAAGCGAACAUAGCGCGAGAGCAUGCCUCAUUUUUCGUAAGGAAGCUUGCGUGUAAAAUCUUCUUACGUCUAUAAUUUUAUGUUAAGUUUCUAUUUUAAUAAAAGAACGCGUUUAAACGUUUCUUUUAAAAACAGGUGAAUUUAAGGCAGUGGACUGCUUUUUAAACAGUGCCCCUGCAAUUUUGCCCCAAGCUUUCGACAAAAAUGUCGGGAGUGUGUCCGGUACUGAAGCUAGGGUUGAGUACUGCCAAGAGAAGGCCGAGAAGUUUGGCUACAAAACCUUUGGUAUCGACGAUAAAGGAUGUUGGUCUGCUGACAAUGCAGCUUCGGUAUAUGACGACUACGGAAAAUCUAAUGCGUGUACAAUCUCGAAGAAGACUGGGAACGGUGUUGGAGCCGAGAUUAACGCUGAUAUUUUCGUUUAUCAGCUGCAAGGAUAA